AUGGUAAGCUCUGCAGUUCGUUUGGCUGUUCUACUGGUACUUGUUUGUCUUUCAUCAUCCAUGUUAUGUGAAGGAACGCAAUACAUAGUGGGGGAUAAUGGUGGGUGGGCACUUGAUAUUGAUUAUCAAAAGUGGGCAUCAGGCAAACAAUUCUUUGCUGGAGACUCACUCGUGUUCAAUUAUGGUGGUGAUGAGGAAACCCAUAAUGUGAUUGUGGUGACCGGAUCAGCAGUUGACGGCUGUGUUAAAGAACCGAACUUGGGUGUUUACGAAAGCGGAAACGAUGAGUUAUUUUUGAGUGGUACAGGAGAUUUGGGUUUCCUCUGCGGAAUGGCUGAUCACUGUACAAGUGGCAUGAAACUGAAAAUUACAGUCAAAGCUGCCCCAGUUUCACAAGGCGUUUCUCUUUCUCCAGCUGCUGCUGCUCCUUCCACCUGA